GAAAUUUAUAAGCAGCCAGUUGCGCGGAGUCCGCCGUUGGAGCAUAUGCUCGCAUGGCGUGUACUUUUACUAUGAUGGAUUUCUAAUGUCCAUUUCUUUAUUUUGCUCUCAAUUUUAAUUAUUUUGUGACGUGUUUAUAUCAAGUUGUUUAAAAAGAAAGUAGUAAUAUUGAUAGGAAAAUAUAUCGAUUGAAUAAUAUUAUUCGAUUGUGUGAUUGAUUAUUCAGUCGAGAGGAUUUUCAGUAUCAUAUUGUUGAUUUUAUCAGUUUAUUCUACUGAUUGACACUCUACUUUGAAAUGUCUUUAGAGGAAUCUCGACGUUCUCAAAGACCUUAUAGGUACGGAAUGGUACUCCUUUGUGUAGGAGCUCUUAUUAAUUGGUUAGGAUUGGCUGAAAAUUACGUGGAACCUGUGAGAUAUGUUGGAGUAGCUUGCAUUGUUGCUGGAGCUCUUCUAAUAUGUGCAGCUAUGUGCUGUUGGCUUCAUGCUCCACCAACUAGGACCAACAUUCAGUGCCAGAAUGCCAACCUAAAUAGUACUAUUCAGAUUGACGAUCCAAUUCAUGUAAUUACUGUUGAAGAACCAGCCAGCGUUGCAAGACAAAAGCCACCAGAUUAUGAAGCAGUGGCAGACUCACCUCCUAGCUAUGAUGAUGCGAUUAAAUUAAAUCCUGGACAAUUAACGGGUGCAACAAAUAGCAGAGUCACUUCAACUAUUCUAACUGGAGUUACGGAAAGUGUUGGUAGUGGCCUUACUCCCAAUCAGCCUACUGCGCCUACGCCUCCACCUCCGUAUGCUAGGUGAGAUUACAUAGUGGGUACGCACUUGCGACCUCGGCAAAGUCUACCAACAUCAUCUUUACACUGCGCUCGAUCUGAUAUUCAUAAUGAGCGUCAGUUGACACACUUCAUUGAUACGUCCAAUGUUGCGAAUAUUGUGGGAAUGCGCCAUCAUCGGAGAUAUCAUGUGAGACCAAUCUCAAAUAAUGCUACCACUGCUAGAAGACUGCGUGCCCAAAGUGUUCAUGUUCUCUACACACAAGUGCCGUUCCAUCAACAUCAAUAGCCGAUUUUCAUAAUUGAAUGUUAUUCCAACUAAGCAGAAAAACUUAAAAAACAUUUAUAUUAGAAUCAAACAUAAACUGUGAGAAAUGAGAAAUAUUAAAAAAGAACUCAACAGCUAGAAAAAAGCACGCAAAUGCCUUGUACCUGAAUAAAGCAUUCCUGCGUCUUUAAUAACUCAAAGUAAUCUGAACGAAUGAAAGCUGAUCUCAAUUCCUAUUCUUCUAGAAUUUUGAAUAAGUUUUCAUAAUGAUUAGUUGAGAAACUAUGAGAAAAAAUAAUUUUUAUUUAGAAAUGGAAUUAUUUAAUUGUAUUUAACGAUUGAUUACCAUGCAUCAAGAUGAAAGUGAUAUUAAAAAUGUAAUAAAGAAUAGUUGACAAGUAAAUAAUUGAUUUCUUCUUAAAAAUUAAUUUUUCUGUGAUAAUAAUUUUAUCUUGAGCUGCCUAAAAGACUUUUUAGAAGCAUAAGCUUGUGUAAAUAAUUUAUAAAUUAUUGUUAAUAUUAAUAUCAACAAUAUUACAUCUAUCUAUAAUUAAAUUAUUAACUAAUCUUAAAUUAAUUACUGUUAAAGAAUUAUGAAAUAAUUGUCUGUAGAUGAAUUGAAGGAAGUAGAAAGAAGAGUAUGAUUAUGUAAAAGUUUUGAUGGCUGAUAAAACAAUCAUUUAAAAUAAUUAGUUAAAUAAAAGGAUAUUCAAUUGUAAAAAUUAUCCUUAUGCUAGUUGGAUGUUUUCAUAUAGAGAAAAUGUUAUGCACGAGUAUAUUUUUAUUGUGAUUUGUACUAUAAAUAGAGUGGGAUAACGCCAGAAAUGUUAUUUGUUCCCACAAGAUCUUGUAAGAUAAGAUUUUUUUUUAUACCUGAUAAAUAAACUUAAAUGACUAAAAA